CCGCCCCCGCCCCUGCCAGUUCCCGGCUUAGGGGUGAUGCUCCAUGGGGUCGGGCUCCUCCCGUUAAAGACGGAGAUGCUGCAGGAAAGGCGGGGCCGCGCGGCGCGGAAGGAGGGCGCAGCCUGGGUCGGGGGAGGGAGGGAGGCUGCACCCCCACCCGGCGCCUCCCCCCUGCACGGCCCUCCGCAGUGCUCGGAGCGCACGCGCACGCUCACUCGGGGCGCCAGCGGGCGGGGCGCCUCUGACAUCAUCCGCUGACCCCCACCCCCCGGCCGAGGGGCGGUGGCCGCGCAGGCUCGGCCUGACGGACACACGGACAGACCGGGCACGGAGGGAAGGGCGCGCGGUCAGGCCAUGCCCGGGGAGGCUGCCCGCGCCGAGUUGCUGCUGCCGGAGGCGGGCGGGCCCGGGCCCCGCACAGAGUCAUCCUGUGAUGUGGCCUCGGCCUCCACCCCUAGAGGGGACCGGCUGGAGCACUGUGCCCUGAGCCCGGGUCCUGGCGGCCUGGCCCUCGAGUUCCUACCCAGCAAGCCGGGCACCCGGCCCCCGCCGGAGGGAGCCAGCUGGGAUGCGGGGCCGCGCGGCACCCCCUCCGCCUGGGCGGUCCCCGCAGAAGGCAGCCCCAGCCCUGGGCCACCCGAAGCCCGGCCCGCCGGGGGUCCCCCUCCAGCCACCCUGGAGCCCCGGAUCGUGAUGGGCGAGGAGACCCGCCGGGCGCCCCCGCCACCCAGGGCAGCCCUGCCAGAGCUCAGGGACCGGGAAGGUGGGCAUCCCAGCCUGAACCCACCCUCCGAGUUGUGUUCUCAGGGUGACCCUCCUGUGCCUUGCCCUGCCCCAGACCCCGACUCCUACUUCACGCCUCCCUCCACCCCCACCGAGACCACCUGUGCCCUGCUCCUCGGCGCAGGGCCCCGCAGGGAUGCCCGGGACACCCAGGCUGAGCUGGGGGACUCGCCGCCAGCCUCGCCCUCGGGCUCUUACAUCACAGCGGACGGCGACAGUUGGGCCUCGUCCCCGUCCUGUUCCCUGAGCCUACUGGUCCCGGCCGAAGGGCUGGACAUCCCCUCAGGCUGGGGCUUCUCCCCGCCGGGGUCUGUGGCAGACGAGCAGGAGCCGUCCCCUGCCGGGCCCCCAGGGCCCCCAUCCCCGGAGUCCAGCAUCUCGGCAGACAGCAGCUCUUCCUGGGGCCAGGAUGGCCACUUCUUCGAGCUGGACUUCCUGGCCAACGACCCAAUGAUCCCCGCCUCCCUCCUGCCUUUCCGGGGCAGCCUCCUCUUCCAGGUGGAGGCCGUGGAGGUGACGCCAAGGGCCCCUGAGGAGGAGGAAGAGGAGGAGGAAGAGGAGGAGGAGGAGGACAGCCGGGACUCUGCAGGGGACCCAGCCGGGGAGGGCGAGGACGACAGCACGUUCGCCUCCUCCCUGCAGUCACUGUCUGACCUCUCCAUCACCGAGGGCAUGGACGAGGCCUUCGCCUUCCGGGACGACACCUCAGCGGCCUCGUCCGACCCCGAUUCUGCCUCCUAUGCGGGGGCAGACGACGAGAGGCUGUACAGCGGGGAGCCCCAUGCGCAGCCCGCCGCCCUGCUCCAGGACGGCGCUGGGGGGCUGCCCGUUCCUGGGAUCUCUGAGGGAGAGGCCGGCCGGGCCAUGGAGGGCCACGAACCGGGUGCCCAGGAGACAGGGGCGGUCCCUGCUCCCACCCUGCAGGAAGCCCCAGGCCACCCCUGGGUGACCUCGCAGGCCUGGGGGGAGGAGGAGGGCUCCGUCCUGGGCCCAGCGCCUGUUGCCACAGUCACACUUCAGCCCCUGCAGUUGGAGGACGGCGCUGCCGUAGGCCUGGCCCCUUGCACUGCCCCAGAAGAGGGGGACCUCACACCAAGCCCAGACUCUCCGCAGACCCUGAAGCAAGAAGCAGGCCAGGACCCUGACUCUGUGGCCCCAGCCCGGCCCCCACAGGACACAGGCCUCCCCUUGGGCCGGGGGCCUGCCGCUGCGGCCAGGCUUCAGAAGCUGCACGUACACACCCCAAGGAUCAAGCCUGUGGUCACCGCAGCCCAGCAGGAAGGACAAACAACCUUGGAACCGAGGCCGGCACCUGAGGAGAGGGACACAAGACAUGCUGGAGGCCUGGAGCCUUCGGCCUGGAACCAAGCCCAGCUGGAAGGCGUGGAGCCAGCUGCAGACACUGGUACACUCUGGGCCUCAAGGGGAACUGCAGGCACCCCCAAGUCUGCCACGGAGGCCGCACAACCCCCACAGCCUGCCACGAAGACCCCAGAAUGCCCCAAGGUUGCCACGGAAGCCCUGGAGCACCCCAAGACUACCACAGAGGCCCCAGAACACCCUGAGCCUGUCCCAGAGGCCCCAGAACACCCUGAGCCUGUCCCAGAGGCCCCAGAACACCCUAAGCCUGUCACUGAGACCCCAGGACACCCUGAGUCUGUCCCAGAGGCCCCAGAACACCCUGAGCCUGCCAUGGAGACCCCAGAACAUCCUGGGCUUGCCACAGAAGCCCCAGAACAUCCUGGGUCUGUCAUGGAGACCCCAGAACACCCUGAGUCUGUCACUGAGACCUCAGGACGCCCUGAGUCUGUCACAGAGGCCCCAGGACACUCUGAGCCUGUAACAGAGGCCCCAGAACACCCUGAGCCUGUCACAGAGACCCAAGAACUUCCUGGGUCUGCCACGGAGAUCUCAAAAAACCCUGAGUCUGUCACUGAGACCCCAGGACGCUCUGAGCCUGUAACAGAAGCCCCAGAACACCCUGAGCCUGUCACAGAGACCCAAGAACAUCCUGGGUCUGCCACGGAGACCCCAGAACCCUCUGAGGCUGUCACAGAGGCCCCAGAACAGCCUGAGCCUGCCACAGAGGUCCUGGAACAUCCUGGGUCUGCCAUGGAGACCCCAGAACACGCUGAGUCUGUCACCGAGACCCCAGAACACCCUGAGCCUGUCCCAGAGGCCCCAGAACAUCCUGGGUCUGCCAUGGAGACCCCAGAACACCCUGAGUCUGUCACUGAGACCCCAGGACACCCUGAGUCUGUCCCAGAGGCUCCAGAACACCCUGAGCCUACCAUGGAGACCCCAGAACAUCCUGGGCCUGCCACAGAGACCCCAGAACAUCCUGGGCCUGCCACAGAGGCCCCAGAACAUCCUGGGUCUGUCACGGAGACCCCAGAACACCCUGAGUCUGUCACAGAGGCCCCAGAACAUCCUGGGCCUGUCACCGAGACCCCAGGACACCCUGAGUCUGUCACAGAGGCUCCGGAACAUCCUGGGCCCGUCACCGAGACCCCAGAACACUCUAAGCCUGUCACAGAGGCUCUGGAACAUUCUGAGCCUGUCAUAGAGGCCCCAGAACGCUCUGAGCUUGCCACAGAAGCCCCAGAACACUCUGAGCCUGUCACAGAGGCUCCAGAACACCCUGAGUCUGUCACAGAGACCCCAGAACACCCUGAGCCUGUCACAGAGACCCCAGAACAUGCUGGGCCUGACACCGAGAGCCCAGACCACUCUGAGCCUGUCACAGAUGCCCUGGAACAUUCUGAGCCUGUCACAGAGAUCCUGGAACAUCCUGGGCCUGCCAUGGAGGCCCCAGAAUGCCCUGAGGCUGUCACAGAGGCCCUGGAACAUCCUGGGCCUGUCACCAAGACCCCAAAACACUCUGAGCGUGUCACAGAGGCCCUGGAACAUUCUGAGCCUACCACAGAUGCUCUAGAACUUCCUGAACCUGCUAUGGAGGCCCUGGAGCACCCCAAGACUACCACAGAGGCCCCAGAACACCCUGAGUCCAUCCCAGAGACCCCGGAACAUCCUGGCCCUGCCACAGAGGCCCUAGAACAUUCUGAGCCUGCCACGGAGACCCUGGAACACCCUGAGCCUGCCACAGAGGCCCCGGAACACCCAGAGCCUGCCACGGAGGCCCCGGAACACCCAGAGCCUGCCAUGGAGGCCCCAGAACACCCACAGCCUGCCAGGGAGGCCCCAGAACACUCAGAGCCUGCUAUGGAGGCUCUGGAGCACCCCAAGACUACCACAGAGACCCCAGAACACCCUGAGUCCAUCCCAGAGACCCCGGACCAUCCUGGGCCUGCCAUGGAGGCCCCAGAAUACCCAGAGCCUACCACAGAGGCCCUGGAACAUUCUGAGCCUACCACGGAGACCACAGAAUGCCCUGAGGCUGCAACUGAGACCCGGGAACAGCCUGACCUUGCCACAGAGGCCCCAGAACAGCCUGAGUCUGGCACGGAGGCCCCAGAACAGCCUGAGCCUGGCACGGAGGCCCCGGAACAGCCUGAGCCUGGCACGGAGGCCCCAGAACAGCCUGAGCCUGCCACGGAGGCCCUGGAACACACUGAGCCUGCCAAGGAGGCCCCGGAACACCCAGAGCCUGCCACGGAGGCCCCGGAACACCCUGAGCCUGCCAAGGAGGCCGCGGAACACCCAGAGCCUACCAAGGAGGCCCCGGAACACCCAGAGCCUGCCACGGAGGCCCCGGAACACCCAGAGCCUGCCACGGAGGCCCCGGAACACCCAGAGCCUGCCACAGAGGCCCCGGAACAGCCUGAGCCUGCCACGGAGGCCCCGGAAUGCCCUGAGCCUGCCACGGAGGCCCUGGAACAGCCUGAGCCUGCCACGGAGGCCCCGGAACACCCAGAGCCUGCCACGGAGGCCCCGGAACAGCCUGAGCCUGCCACGGAGGCCCCGGAACAGCCUGAGCCUGCCACGGAGGCCCCGGAACAGCCUGAGCCUGCCACGGAGGCCCCGGAACGCCCUGAGCCUGCCCCGGAGGCCCCGGAAUGCCCUGAGCCUGCCGAACGCCCUGAGCCUGCCCCGGAGGCCCCGGAACACCCAGAGCCUGCCCUGGAGGCCCCGGAACACCCAGAGCCUGCCACGGAGGCUCUGGAACAUUCUGAGCCUGCCACGGAGGUCCUGGAACUCCCUCGGCCUAUCGUAGCAGCCCUAGAACCUCCAGAACCUGCCAGAGAGGCCCUAGAAUGCCCUGAGCCUGCCACGGAGGCCAUGGCCCCACCCACUCCUGUCUCUGCUGGAGAGGAAGCAGUGGCGGUCCUGUUGGCACCUGAGCAGGGAACCCAUCCCGGGGCCCGUGUGCGCACUGCCCACACAGCUGGGUCCUGCUCAGCCCCGAAGGAGGCCCUAGGGGGUGAGAAUUGCCGGGCUGGGGGCCUUGAGCCAGCACCCCAGGGGGCUAGGAGGGCACAUCCUGCCGCGCGCCCUGAGGUAGGCCAAAGAGCAAACCAGGGGCUCGGGUUUCCCCUUGCUGUGACCUCGGAGGCGGGGCCGGGCUCCAGUGCAGAGUCCCCACUGAGGUCCGCACCCAGGCCAGGCAGGGGCUGCCCCAAAGAGCCUACCCCACACGCACCAGCACCCUGUCUUCAGCGGGAGCCCGUGCCGGGCCCGGGAAGUGGAGCAUGGGCGCAGGUGGCACCAGGAGCACCCAGCUCGUCCCCAGCACAGUCCCUGGAGAGCCCUGCCGGAGGCCCACCCAGCGUGCCCCGGGACAGGGUCCUCGGCCCCGAGCCCUCUGCUCCCCGUGUCCCCACAGAGGCACUCCUUGCUCCCUGCCCUUGCCAGGGCCCCAGGGAAGACUCGGUGGAAGGCAAGGAGCCCUCGGGCUCUCCGGGCCUCCAGCCACCACGGGCAGGAGCCCAGCGGGCGGCAGCUACCUUCUCAGGAAUCACAAAGCCUCCAGGGGCCGGGCAUCGUGUAGGCCUCCCGCCCCACUCCCCCCUCCUCAGCCCCAAAACGGCCCCUGUGGGGGACACCCAUGCCAAAGACCAGGCCUGGAGGCUCUCGCCCCCCUGCCAAGUGCCUCCUGGCCCUCGAGGGCUCCCGGCCGCCGAGCAGCAGGAUGACCAGGACAGCCUGGAGGAAGACUCGCCACCCAGGGCCCCGGGAUCCGGCCAGGGAUCGGCCCAGCACUCCGACAGCCAUGGGGAGUCGUCAGCAGAACCAGAGGAGCAGGAACUGUCAGGAGCACAGGGCGCACAGUGCCCAGCUCAGGCCCCGGCCAGCGGUGGCAGCGAGGAGACCGUCGCCAAAGCCAAGCAGAGUCGCAGUGAGAAGAAGGCCCGAAAGGCGAUGUCCAAGCUGGGCCUGCGGCAAAUCCAGGGGGUCACCAGGAUCACCAUCCAGAAGUCCAAGAACAUCCUCUUUGUCAUCGCCAAGCCUGACGUCUUCAAGAGCCCGGCCUCGGACACCUACGUGGUCUUCGGGGAGGCCAAGAUCGAGGACCUGUCCCAGCAAGUGCACAGAGCCGCUGCCGAGAAGUUCAAAGUGCCCACGGAGACUUCCGCCCUGGUUCCCGAGUCCACGCCAGGGCCGCUAGUGAGGCCCGAGUGUGAGGAGGAGGAGGAGGAGGAAGAGGAGGAGGAGGUGGACGAGGCAGGGCUGGAGCUCCGGGACAUCGAGCUGGUGAUGGCGCAGGCCAACGUGUCGAGGGCCAGGGCCGUGCGGGCCCUGAGGGACAACCAGAGUGACAUCGUCAACGCCAUCAUGGAACUCACCAUGUAGCCGCCGACCGCCACCCGCCCGCCACGGAUCCGUCCCCACCCCCAGCUGUGCUGCUCAAUAAAUGGGUGUCUCCUCAGA